UGGCGGCAAAACAGAAGUUCGGGUGAUGAGCCGGGUCCUGCCCCCCGCACCUCAGCCAUGCUCCAACGGCAGAGAAAGGGCGGGAGCCAGGGGCAGCCCCCCCUAAACCCGGGAGAGGGGACUUCCGGCGGCAGAAAUCAAACAAUAACCACAUUUUUUAAACCAUCUCAAAAGCCAGGAACAUGUCUGCUCAAAACCCCACCAAGAGGAAGUUCUCAGAAUGAAUCCUUUAACUUGCUCUCUCCACCAAUGUCUUGCGGUAAAAGUUCAACUCCGAAAAGACGUCGGAAUUUACCAAUGCAGUCUCCGAGUAAGAGUCCCAUCAUGGAAGCUUUCCUGCGGAGGGGAAAGAUGGAAACCGAUACAAUUGUAAGCGGUUUACAAACGCGCUGUGCAAACUGUAACGUGAGUUUACUUUCGCCAAAGGUAGUACUCAACAGACUAAGUUUACCCUUUACUCAACUUUAUGUUGAUUUAAAAUGCAAAGAGGAGGUGAGGAAACUAAUUAGAAAGCCCGAGGACCGUCUUAUUCGCUCUGUUAAUAAGAUUUGCAAAGGUAGACCUGAACGUAAAUGUUUGAGGGAAAGUGGUGCUUCACAAGUGUCCGUAUGUUUUGAUAAGAUGGAAACGCCACUAUGUAAGGCUAAAAUAUGCUCUCCUCAGUUACUUGUCACCUCCGUAGCCCCCAAACUUCUGGUAGCUCAUGAAAAGUCGCAGAAGAGAUGGAAACAGAAGAAAGACAUGGUCCAGCAGACUUUUUAUCCCGGACAGACAAGCUCAGGGUCAGAUGAGGUUAUGUUUCAGGUCAAUGGAAAUAGUAAAUGGUUAACUCUUGCAGCACAAAAUUCAGGUAAAAAUUCAGAAAAGGUCUGUGCAGCUCGUAAAAGCAUGUUUUCAUCAAAUGAUUUGAACAAAACCAGCUCUCCAACCAGUCUUUCGAACUAUUUCACCUCUUCUGAAUCUACUGGAGCCAGUUAUACCUGCACAUUGAAUGGUCGGGAUGGUGAACUGUCCAAUGGCUUGUCUAUGUCACAGGCCGAACAAAGAACAAAUUUGCUGGCAGGAGCUUUUACAAUUGGCACCAACUCCUCUUGCCAUUCACCUCACAAUACAGAUCCUUUUUCUUUUUCCAAUGGCUCCACUUGCAUAGUUGGCAGUGCUGAAAGUACAGAAGGAAUUUUGGAGGAGUUGAACUCUUGUACCGAUAACGUUAACGUGCCAACGAAUUGUAACUCUAAAUAUUCGCUGCUUAUAAACUCCGAUUCAUUAUCUGAAGCUGAAAUGUCAUCGGAUCGCACAUCAGGUAGCCAAAGGAAGAGACGCAGGAAACGUAAUUCGAGUUUGGAUAGUGAUGAGAGUUUUUACUGUCCACUUCCAAGCAGUGAUGAAGAGGAGGAAAGUCUGCAACCCCUGGAUGAAAUAAUGAGGCUUGUAUCAAAGCCUGUGGCUGCUACACCAGAAAAGCCAUCUCUCAAUCAGUCUCAGCUUUCGUAUUCUCAAUCUCCUGUGAAGAAAAUAAGUUCCAGAGCCACUCUUCCUGUGUCAUAUGUGAACAGUCUGGACAAUCUCUUAAAGGAAAAGAUGGAGAGAGAAAGGCUAGUAUCCAAUAAAUUAUGUGAAAUUGAAAAGAAGCUGUGUGACGAUCUGGAGCAAGGAAUGGGCUUACCACCAGAAUACACCAGCAGUUUUGAAGAAGGAGAGCUUGCAGAGGAACACCAGGAGUUUGUGAACAAGUAUUCUGUAGUCACAAACGUUAUUCCAGAUGAAAACCCCGGUGAAGACAUAUUUCAGUUGGAUAUGUCUAGAAAAAUCUUCAACCACUCCACACUCGAUUUGAGGACUUCUAGCUUCUCUUCUCAAAGCCCAGAAGAAAUUCUAAUCUUUAAAUGCGAUCUGGAGAAUCAACUCCUAUUGGCCACUCAAGGAUUCUUCGGCCAUGUGUAUAGAUUUAAAAAAUGCCCAGCUCUUCUAAUGAAAUGGUUGUUUCAGAUGUCUUCUGUUCAUCCUUCAUACAUAGUUUCAAUGAAAAUUCUAAAUACGUUGAUGGAAAUUACAUGCAACAAUAUUUCCUAUUCUGAAGCGCACGGCAGUCUCUGGACUCCUUCAGUGCUGGAUGUGGCUACGGUGUUUGCCAAUAUGGGAAUUAGUUUCCAAACACUUUUUCCUCUUCCUCAACUUCAGCCAACCUUCACUGGUAGAGACUUAGUAUCUGCAGUUCCCUCCUCAUCCAUACCAGAGGAAAACCCAUGUAACGAUUCUAAACAAGUAUAUAAUCACAUUCCAGUAAUGCACUUAACCCACGUGAUCAAGUUUCUUGGUUUCUGUACAACCGUUCACCCAGAAAGUUUUGAUGACCAGGAGACGCUAUUGCUAUUAGUCAUGUUAUUGAAAAUGUAUUUGGAGAAACGUUUAAGACACACUUCUGUUGUAGACUUGCAUAGUCUGGUAAAAAACUUGCUUCGAGGCAUCAAAGAGUGGGAUGUCAAGAUGCCCGAGCUCUGCACGGCAAUUUGUCAACUUUCCAAUCAUCACCAUAAUUAUGUCAAACUUGUACAACUCGUUCCAGCAUCAGAUCUUCGUGGAAGACAACUUAGAAGACAUCUUGGUCUGAUGUGCAUUUCAAAACUCCUUGAUCAAGACUAUACAUCUAUACCCACAAAUUAUGACUCACAGAUGAUAUUUUUGUGCAACAGUAUGGAAAAAAUGAAGCCAUCUACUCUGAUUAAGAAAAUGCAGAGCAACCCUGAGAGUGAUUGCACAUCUGAUCUGGAGCAAGAGGCAUACUACCUGACAUUCAGUCUACUCAAUUUAACCAACGAUGCCAGCUCUUCUGAUGAACAUAUUUCUAAGCAGAGGAACUAUCUGCUUAAACUUUGCAUAGCCCUGGAGAAGCAUAUUAAAUGUGACAUUCGAGAGAAUGCAAGGCUGUUCUACAGAACAAAGGUGAAAGAUUUGGUUGCAAGAAUUUAUGGCAAAUGGCAGGAAUUAUUACAAAGCACUCGUCCUGAUCAGGGGAAACUGCAUGAUUAUUGGGAGCCUGUAGGUUCCAGCCCAGGCAGUUCACAGGAAUAGAAGAUUGGAAUUUCUGUGAAUAUGUGAUUGAACGGACACUGUGAUCAUCAGGACCGUGCAAUAAAAAUAUCAUCAAUAAAAAGAUUCUGCAAAGAAACCUACGUGACAAUCCAAUAAAAAGUGCUCCAUGCUCUGUCAUUGGCUGCGACAAAUGCAAUGCUGUCAUGUUGUGCGGUUUAAGUUGCAAACAUUGGCAUAUGGAAGGGAAUAUUUCUGCUUCCUAAAUCCAAUUGGGUUUGAGGAAGGCCUCAAACUGCACUAAGCAUGUACUUUUUUAUAUUUUUGUUUUUCUCUCUUACUAAAGUAUUUGACUAUAAUUUUUUUUUAUAUAUGUAUAUAUAUAUUUUGUAUAUGUUGAACUUUUUUGUACACAUUGUACAGGUCAAUGAAACAAAAUCUAAAUUUGUUUUAAUAUUUUUCUCUUUUUCCUCUUUACGCAUUAGAAGUGGUCUGACAUUUAAACCAGAACCAAUACAGUUUGUACAAGUUUGUUUUAUAUGAAAAGAGAAUAUUAAAGUGAAAACUUCUAAGACAAUAAACGCACUUUUCUCAUAAUAAUGAAAAAACAAAAACCCUUUUGGUUUCAGUGAAUGAAACUUCUCGUUUCUGUUAUCUGUGCACUUAAUUAUAUCGUGUUUCUCAAAAAGUUAAAACGGUUAUUUAUUUUCCCU